CGUUACUGCGCAUGUGCGUGGCACUGGCCCUAACUUAACUUCCGGCAGACUUCCGCAAACAAUUAAUAACAACAGAGUCUCUCUGGGCUAUUUUUGAGAACAAGCAAAAUAAUAAUAAUAAUAUUUUAUAUAGCGCUUUUCACAGUCUCAAAGACGCUUUACAAAACAGGGAAUAAACAAUCAACAAAAGAAACCAGGAUACAAGCAUAAUUUAUAACAAGUAAAUUACGUUAGCUAUUUAAAAUUAUGUCUAGCCAGUAUUAUUUGGGGUUACCAGUCGCAGAAAAGAACCGUUACUUGGCCAAACUCAAAUGCAAUACCGUUACACUCCCAGACCCUUUCAACAAAAUGUUGAGACAAGAAUGUUUUUCUACAGACCUGUCUGAUUUACCGGAGGUCAGUCAGGUACACAUCUUUGAAUACCUAGUCGAGAGGGAAUGUGUAUAUACAAGGGAGGCGUUCAAGGCAUAUCGCAGCUUGGAUGCCUAUAACUAUUUUAAUUCCGGAAAAGUUAAAAGCAUCCUAACCCACAAGAAUGGAAAUACCCGUGUCGUUUACGGGGAAAUCGAGGCAGGUCAGGCGCUUUCCAAGCGCUACUCCGCCUGGAUCGUUGCGACGAAGUCCGGUGAAGUCCUGUGUGGGCAUUGCACCUGCAUGGCAGGCAAUGGAGAGGUGUGUAGCCAUGUGGGCACGAUUUUGGUUACUGUGGAGCAGUGUGUCCAGGAUGGACUCCAGAGUGGCCCAUCUGUCACCUCAAAACCAAGUGUUUGGUCACGGGUGACUAAGAAGGCUGAUCCACAACCAGUAGCUCAAUGUGAUUUCUUGAAACCUGGCAAGAGGAUGCGGCUACAAGCUCCCCUCUGCCUUCCCCAGCUAAAUCCAGAUGGGUCACCAAAAAAGCUUUUUAAGGCCCUGAAGAUGCUGGUACAUGAAGACGGACACAUUUGGUGGCAAAGUAUUCAGGAAAAUUGAAGCCCCGAUCAGCCAUUACAUGGUCUCCUUGUUCAAGAAGGUCAAUCAAGCCAGAAUUUUUUGUUAUGACUUUGUCGCUAGCACGACCACCCCAGACUCUUGAUAAAAAUGUAAUAGCUCCUGUUGGACUAAUACCAACAAGGAACUUCACAGUAUUAUGUGACUUGUAGUGGGAGUAGGUGAUUGCUCGUGUAUGCAAACUAGUUGGCCUCUCAAUGAACACUUCAGUACAGUCUAUUAUACAUCUGACAUGUUUGAAACCUGUAGUCUUGAAUAGGGUGGGGAGAUUUCUUCUGAUAUCUUUUCUGGAUGGCCACCGGACAAGGCAUUGUAACUCUUUAGCCAUCACCUCGAGCCAUUCAUGGAAGAUGUUUGAGACAGUUCCACAACUCACUCUGAAGCGAAAAGCUAGGUCUUGAUGAGUUAAACCCAGACGAAGCUUCAUCAGGACCACAAGAAACUGCUCGGGAAGGGUAAGUAUGGUUGAUGAUGCAUUCCAUGUUG